GAAUAUUUCUCGGGGGCGUCUGCAACUGACCUUGAAAGCUCGGAGCCUGCUUAAUCUAUGCAGACUUACCGUCCAAUAGCGGCGUAGCCCUCCAAUUCCGAUACAAUACAAGUAGCUACUCCGCACAAAUACGUACCCUUUAUCUAAAAGUGCAAGUCUGGAUAGUUCCAAAGUGGAAAAAAUCUCUUUACCGGGCUGCAAAAGAAAACAAUUUUACCAAUAUUUAUCUUUAACGCCGUACGAAACCGCUCCUAUACCAUGUCAGGUGCCGAAGUAAUUGGCUUGGUCUCAGGCAUCAUCUCUAUUAUCGACGCUUCACUCAAGGUAUGUGGGGCUAUCGGUGAUGCUUCGGGCCUGCCACAAUCUUUUCGUGAUAUUAACGCGCGCCUUCCCCUUGUCCAUGAUACAUUAGAAACUAUUUCUAAGGGCAUAACUGACGAAAAUGACGCAUCACUGGCUACAUCACGUACCGCGCUGACUAAAGCGCUCGAGAGCUGCCGUGACAAGGCCAACGCUCUCAAAAAUGUGCUAGAAGCUGUCAAGCCGUCUGCCGGCGCCUCACGCAUGACGCGCUAUUUAAAAGCAAUCAAAGCUAUCCGCAACGGCGAUAAGGCCGAAAACCUGAUGAAUGGUAUUUUGAGCGAUCUUCAUGUAUUCACAAGCAACCAUGCGGUACAAACGGCCACACAGUCUCAGGUCAAUCACCUCUUAAAUGAGAUAAAGGGGGGGAAGAACCCUGACAAUAGCAUGGAGGGAGAGGCAGGCUCUAGUAGCAGACCAGCCGUGUCAAUGCAUAAUGCAGCCACGGGCCCACAAUACGUUCACUCAGGGCGAGGGGAUCAGAAUGUGGUGAGUGGGAGAGGGAUACAAAUCAACGGGCAACCAGCUGGGGCAUUCUACUUCGAUCGGGUGCCGAGAUAGACUGGUGGAUGGAGGGAAUUAUAUCAUGCAGGCUAGGAUCAUCCUUGUUGUGAGGCUGUCUCAUAUCGCUUUUGUUAAGUACCUGUCACAUACCUAUAUACCUAGGUAGGUAUCAGGAGGGCGUCAGAAAAAGUGUCACUAUGCGAGAUCCCAUAGAAGGUACAGUACAAAUACUGUACCUUCUGGCCAAUCACAUAGUCUGUUUAGCACAGUUCAAGGCCGUACUAAUAUCACAGUGACAUUUUUUAUGACGCCCUCCUGGCUCCUGGGUACCUAGCUUAAGGUACCUAAGUAGACGACCUUGAUAAUAUCAUGGAUUGGUAUCACUGCUUUAAAUAAUAUAUACGAAGUUUAAGCCUUAAUAAUUAGACGUUUUUUUUUUAAAAAAAAAAAAAAAAAGAAAAGAAACAAAUAAAUUAAAACACCCCAAUCUAUAAAAAGGGAAAGAUACUGAACUAGGCGCGGGU